CAAGGAACAUUUGAGCCUGAACUUUAUAAUCUAGAAAAUAAUGGUGAAUUGAAGAAGGGUUGGACUGUAAUGAUAAAUUCAAAGGUAUUGAUGAAUUUAAAAAAUGGGUUAGACUGUGAUAAUGAAUUCGAAGAUGUUGAUGAAUUUAAAAAUAGGUUAGAUCAUGAUAAUGAAUUUAAGAAUAGGAUAGAAUGUAAUGAAUUUGAAGAUAUUAAUGAAUUUGAUAAUAGUUCAGAAAUUGAUGAAUUUGAGGAUUGGUCAGAAGUGAUAGUAGCAACUUAA